AUACUACAAAUACUCAACCUACUAUAACUCUUCGAAGGGGUAGGAGUAAAGGAAAGAUUAAUGUAACAAGCGAAACACCUACCAACAUCAAUUCUGAAACAAAUAAUGCCACCACUUCUAAUUCUAACGGAACCAAUGUAGAUGCUACAAAUAUUCAACCUAUUGUAACUCUUCGAAGGGGUAGGAGUAAAGGAAAGAUUAAUGUAACAAGCGAAACACCUACCAACAUCAAUUCUGAAACGAAUAAUGCCAAUACUUCUAAUUCUAACGGAACCAAUGCAGAUACUACAAAUAUUCAACCUACUACAACCCUUCGAAGGGGUGGGAGAAAAGGAAAGAUUAACGUAACAAAUGAAACACCUGCCAACAUCAAUUCUGAAGCUACAUCAACUGCAAAUCUUUCAACUGGUCAUAGUAUCAAGAGAAAAGUUGAAGAUAUCUCCAGUGAUAGUGAUAAUGAAAAAAAGGUUCAAACAUCUAGAAGGAAGAAGGCCAAGGGAAUCACUGAUGUAAUAGCCGAAGGCUCAUCAACUGGAAGAAAUGCAGUUGAUAAUGGAGAAGGUUCAUCAACUUCUUCUAACUCUAAUAGAACCAAUGUAGAUACUACUAAUACUCAGCCCACUGCGACCCUUCGAAGGGGCGGGAGCAAAGGAAAGACUAAAGUAACAAGUGAAACUCCUACCAACAUCAAUUCUGAAACAAAUAAUGCAGGCACUUCCAACUCUAAUAGAACCAAUGUAGAUACUACAAAUACUCAACCUACUAUAACUCUUCAAAGGGGUAGGAGUAAAGGAAAGACUAAAGUAACAAGCGAAACACCUACCAACAUCAAUUCUGAAGCAAUUAAUGUCGGCACUUCUAAUUCUAACGGAACCAAUGUAGAUACUACAAAUACUCAGUCCACUACAAGCCUUCGAAGGGGAGAGAUUAAUGUAACAAAUGAAACACCUGCCAACAUCAAUUCUGAAGCUGCAUCAACUACAAACCUUUCAACUGGUCAUAGUGUCAAGAGAAAAGUUGGAGAUAUCUCCAGUGAUAGUGAUAAUGAAAAAAAGGUCCAAACAUCUAGAAGGAAGAAGGCCAAGGGAAUCACUAAU